GGUGAUCAACUAUCGGUGUAAUUGGACUCACCGCCUCAGCAUCGCAAGGGCUGAUAGGCAGGUUUGGACAUAGCUGGUUUAGGUUUCAGGCCUACUGUGCCCUGCAGGAAUUGUUGCUUUUUGCUAGGGUUUAUUGUGACCAUUUCCAACGACUAGUGCUGCUCUGGGAGGCAGCUAUAUAAAUGCCAGGCUUUUUUGCAUUUGAGCUUCUGGAAGGGCUCUGCUGUCUUGUUAGGGCUGACCACCACCUGCAGAUCCAAGCUGUCUACCGUGGAUGGCCUAAGCAUUUAAGUGAGGUAGCUAGAGGGAGCUGCAGGUGAGUUAUGGGGACAAGCCUCUUGCCCCUUGUCCCUGGCUUACCCUUGCUGGAGACAGUGACGAGAGAAACUUGGCCCUGCUUGUCAGCUGGAUCCACGCCAAGCCAUUUGUUUAGCUUCCCGGCUGGGGGUGAGGCGACAGCAGAAAGUUCCCUAGAGCAGGGCGGAUGGGAUGGUGCCUGUGCGUGUCUCGCUUUGGGCUUGAAUAAUGGCUGGGGUCCCUUCAAGGGGCCACAAAAUCAGAGGAUGGUGAGCUCCUUCAGGGCUGGAAUAUCUAACGUUGUGGAGGCUGUCACGUCUCUGGACACACAGAGCGCCAACACAUCAGGACAACAGACUCGGAGGAACCAGAGAGAGGAGAGCUUGCUUCUCGCAAAGAGGAUGGAUCCCAGCCAUGCUCCCUUCUGUGGCAGUGACUCUCUCCUUUCGGGUCCAUGUUUUUGCAUGGUGUUGGGCAUUUCCAGCUCCAGAGUCUAAUUUACCCUUUCGGCCAUCAGCUCCCAUCCUUGGCUUUGUGCAGAGCCUUGGGGACGGGGGCGGCGGUGGUUGCAGGGGUGGCCUUUGCUGAAUUCUCUGCCUCUGUGGAACAGCAGCCGGGAUGUAAGUGGGAAUGCUCUCCUCCUGCUCCAAGCUACACAACUCCCCAGGCGUUUCCCCAUCCUCCAAGACCAGCAGCUCACCUGUCCUCUCCAAGAAAAUGAGCAUGUUCCCCAAACUUCGUCUCCAGAGGAGGUUUACUGUGGCCCACCCGCUUUGCUUUGAUGUCGAGAAUGGCUUCUCUCCAGGACGAAGUCCCCUUGAUUCCCAGGCCAAUCUGGGUCUGGGACUUGUUUUACAAGGCACAACACCCCACAGCCAACGUCGGGAGUCCUUCCUCUACCGUUCGGACAGCGACUAUGAUCUCUCCCCCAAAGUCAUGUCCCGCAAUUCUUCCGUCAGCAGUGACAUGCACGGAGAAGACUUGAUUGUUACUCCUUUUGCACAGGUCUUGGCCAGCCUGCGGACAGUUCGCAGCAACUUUGCUGUCUUGACCCACCUGCGGGAACAUGCCUGCAAUAAACGAACGUCUGGUCCUAUCAACCCCCUCACCACGUCUAAGGUCAAUCUAUCAGAGGAUGCCUACCAAAAGUUGGCUAUCGAGACCUUGGAAGAGUUAGACUGGUGCCUGGAUCAGCUGGAGACUUUGCAAACACGUCAUUCAGUCAGUGAGAUGGCUUCCAACAAGUUUAGAAGAAUGCUCAAUCGAGAACUGACACACCUCUCGGAAACAAGCCGUUCUGGAAACCAGGUAUCCGAGUACAUCUCCAACACAUUCUUGGACAAGCAGCAUGAGGUGGAAAUCCCAACCUCUGUUCCCAAAGAAAAAGACAAGGAGAAAAAGAAGCGGCCAAUGUCACAGAUCAGUGGUGUGAAAAAACUGAUGCAUAGCUCCAGCUUCAGUUGUGCUGCCAUUCCUCGUUUUGGAGUAAAAACGGACCAGGAAGGGCCAUUGAGUAAGGAACUAGAAGAUGUGAACAAAUGGGGCCUUGAUGUAUUCAAGAUUGCAGAGUACUCUGGCCACCGCCCACUAACAGUCAUCAUGUACAGCAUCUUCCAGGAAAGGGACUUGCUGAAAUCUUUUCACAUUCCUGCGGAUACCUUCAUCACAUUCAUGAUGACCCUGGAAGAUCAUUAUCAUGCUGAUGUUGCCUAUCACAACAACAUUCAUGCAGCAGAUGUUGCCCAAUCCACACAUGUAUUGCUUUCAAUGCCAGCUCUGGAGGCUGUUUUCACUGACCUAGAGAUUUUGGCUGCCAUUUUUGCAGCUGCCAUCCAUGAUGUUGAUCAUCCUGGUGUUUCUAACCAGUUCCUGAUAAAUACCAAUUCAGAACUGGCAUUAAUGUAUAAUGAUGCAUCAGUGUUGGAGAAUCAUCAUUUGGCAGUAGGAUUCAAACUCUUGCAGGAGGAAAACUGUGAUAUUUUCCAGAAUCUCUCUAAGAAGCAACGGCAAAUGCUCCGGAAGAUGGCCAUUGACAUGGUCCUGGCAACAGAUAUGUCAAAACAUAUGAAUCUUCUGGCUGAUCUGAAGACAAUGGUAGAGACCAAGAAAGUAACCAGUUUGGGAGUCCUGCUUUUGGAUAACUACUCAGAUCGCAUUCAGGUUUUGCAGAACAUUGUACACUGUGCAGAUCUCAGUAACCCCACAAAACCACUAGAGCUUUAUCGCCAAUGGACAGACCGAAUCAUGAUAGAAUUCUUCCACCAAGGGGAUCGUGAACGGGAGAAGGGCAUGGAGAUUAGCCCAAUGUGUGAUAAACACAAUGCCUCCAUAGAAAAGUCUCAGGUGGGAUUCAUUGAUUAUAUUGCGCAUCCACUUUGGGAAACCUGGGCUGACUUAGUUCAUCCUGAUGCUCAGGAGAUUCUGGAUACUUUAGAAGACAAUCGAGAAUGGUAUCAGAGCAUGAUUCCUCAUAGUCCCUCACCUCCCCCAGAUGCAUCAGAUUUAGAGAAAAGUGGAGGAGACAAAUUCAAGUUUCAGCUUACUUUAGAGGAGGAAGAUGGAGAAGAAUCAGAUAUUGAACCAGAGAUUGAGAGCCCUCUGGAAGAGGAUAAUAGUGAAUCCAAAACCUUGGGGACAACUGAUGAUUCAGAAUCUGCAAAUGAGCCAUUGCCUUCUCCAACAGACAAAUUGGCCAGCCCCCACAGAAAUGCCCUAAUCAAACAAAAAGGUGCACUGAACUUUGACAACCAAAGAACACUUUCACAGACUGAUAGUGGUUCCAUAGCAGAUCCAGUUGAGUUAGCAAGAAGAGAGAGCCUAAUGGAUGCACAAUCAUGUCUUGACAUGGAAGGAAAUAUCACCUUUUUGCCUCUUGGGACGUAGUGAAGGGAAGACCCGAUGAUGAUUACAUUCUGGCAGGGCCAGAAGGGGACCACAAUAGGCCACCCCAAAUCUUGCUGCCAGCAACCUAUAAUUUCACUCCCCAUUGUAAGGGAGUGUUACUAUUAACAUUUUCUUUCCCAAAGAAAUCUGUAGCUUGAACCGCAUUAUUUGCCCAGAUGGCGAAAUAUCAGAGAUCAGACAAUGCCUGUCAUGUCUUCCUUCCAGUGUUGCUACUCAGCAUCUGAGUUGUACCUGGCAAAUGGAAAAAUUCUUCCUGCUGGACUUGUCACUAUCACUAAUUUCUUAUUUUGGUUUCAACUUGGAAAUAGUCUGUAUCUUGUUUUAAGAAAGCCCAGGUGGAAAUACAGCUCUUAGUUCAGUGUAAAAACAAAUAUUUUGCCUGAAGAUGGACACAGGUUCAAUCUCUGACAUCUUUAGUCUUCUUUUUUUAGAGGUUCUAGGCUGGAAAAAAGUUUUUUCUGACUGUGAUCCUGGAAAGCUUUUUCAAGUUAUAGCAGACAGUUCCGGGUUGGUUGGACAAAUGGUCAGACUUUUUUAGUCCUACACUUUCCAAGCAUGCAACUUUCAUUUGAGGAAAGGUUCUGUAUGAUCCUGCUGAAAAUCAGAAUAAUGUAGUGGGUUUGAUGGACCAAUGAUUUGACCCAGCAAAAAGAGAAUCUUAAAAAGACAUGCUACUGCAGAAAGGGGAAUGGUGCAGAUAAAUAUUAUAUUUGCUUUUCUCAAGUGUAAUAAAACCAGCAUCCUGGGAAGUUUCACAUAAAAUAUUCAAGUAGGAGGCAGUUUCUGUAAAUUACAGUGUGAUAGAAUGCUAUCAAGAAAUACAAAAUUCAUCCUGCUGGAUGCACUUGGCAUCAAAUUCCUGAUACUCAAAUAAGGCCUUCCUUCUGACUGCAUGUUACCUCAUUCUGGUAGAUGCAUUGAAAAUAGCUUCUUUUAUCUUAAUCUCCUACAAUACCUUUUCUCCCAUAUGAAAAUAUUUAUAGAAAGUGAUAAGCCCAUUUCUCCAAUAUUCAGAGAUUUUGUUUUAAUUUUUCCAGUAAGAAGGGAAAACCCUAUUGUUUAAAAUUGUUUAUUUUGUAACAUGUAUUUCUCCAUAGCAGCUGUAAAGAGUAAAUUAUUCAUGUUUUCUUUUUAAAAAAGAGGAAAGUAUUUUGAUGCAGAAAUAGGUAGUCAAUAUUUUAAAAAAUAUGUAAUUAAUCUUCCCAGCAAUUUCUAAUAUAAAUUGACUAUAGUAACUGGCAGAACUGCUUGCCAUACAAGAGUAAUUGGAAAUCUUUCUAAUUUUCAAAUUAAUGGGGGGGGGGAGGACCUGAAGUUGAUAAUUUGACUCUUUUGACAUUUUAAUCACUUUAACUUUUUCCUUUGAAAUCAAUGCCCCACUUUCUUGGGGCUUUGGGAGUAUGGGGCUUCAUUGUCCCUUUCUCCUAAAAAGAAUGGGAGAAGCUAUUCAAAGUGAUGUGUUCAUAUUAGACUACUCAUAAAAGUUUUGUGUGAUAUGUACACUACUUAUUUUGGAUCUUUUGAUCAUUAACGUUUUGCAGAAGAAAAAGACCUAUUAUUUUUAAAAGGCAUUUUAACUUUGUUUUCUAAAUACAAAAACAAUUGUUUUAUUUUAAUAAGUUGGUUUUGUGACAUUAGGGGAGAAGCAAUUUAUGUGGAAUUGUGAAAAAAUUGUGGAUUUACACAUUUCCCGCCUGUUUUCAGUAUUCAAAGAAAUCUAUUAUUUUGUUCUUUCUGGGUUAUCUGUAUCUUCACUCCAUGUAUUUCACAGCUCACAAAAGAGGAUUGUUACAACACUGAAUUUGCUGCUAAACAUUUCUUGAUUUCAAUCAAAUUAGAGAUCAUUCUGUCCCUCUUAUUCUACAUCCCUAUGCAUUAACGAGUCUGUCCUAUCCCAGAGAAGACUUGUAACUAGAUAGUAUUCUGUCCAUUGAUUUCCCCCCCCCCCCUAGAAGGCUUAAUCUACUGAUUUGAAGAGAUGCACUUACUGCUUUGGGUAAAUAAUGCAGUUCUAUGGAGCCUCAAAAAGAGACAGGGUCCGUUGAAAUUGGGGAAUCAUUAGCCAAUGUAAGUAGCAGAUAAAAGUUAUGAAUAGAAGAAUGAGAUUUAAAGAUUCAUUUGUAAAAUUUUGGCGAGGCCAACUUAUGAUUUGAGAAGCUUAAACUGCUGAUUGAUUAUAAAGCUAGUGCAGUACCUCCAUCUACUGUAUUUACGUAUUAGAAAUCCAGGGAGGGUGCAAAUGAGGAUGAUUCUAUGCACCAAAAUGAUAUUGUGUCUCAUCAUUUUCUUUCCAUAUACUGUACCUCUUAUGAAAGGCCAGUUAUGCAUUACUACUGGGAAGGCUACCACUUUUAAUUUAUUUUCAGCAAGUAUUUUUUGUUCUUUUUUUAAAAUAACUUUUGUAGCUUUAUGCUUAAUAAUAUUUUAAUGUGUAAUAACCUCACCAAUGGUUGGUUCAGGCAAAUUUUAUUGAUAGCAAUUGGUUUAAUUGUGAUUUGCACUCAAAAAUGCUGCAUUAUGUGUGUGCAAAUGUAUAUAUGUAUAUGUUGAAUGUUUGUUUGUAUACACAUGUAUUUCACAAUGCACUUUGAGUUUGCUGAGCUGCCACUGGGGCCUGGCCCUACAGACUAAGUUACUGUUUCUUUGUGUAUUGUGUAUUGUCAUAACCACAGAGAACAUAUUGGCAUUUUUAUCUGAUUGUCUGGUUUUCCUUGCAACAUUGUUUUCUGGCAACA